UGCUCUCCGGACCGCCGCUGCGCUCGCUCGUGUCGCUGUUUACGCCGCUCACGCUGCACGCACGGUCUCGCGGUGACUCAAGGAAAAGAGGUUCAACUUUUGAUGGAAGACAAGCGGCCGGCCCUGCGCUGAGAUACAGGUGAUAGUAAGCUGAGGAGCUGAGAAUGAUGGAACAUCUCAGCGAGACGUGUCUGGGCAAAGAGAACUCGGAGCUGGUGAGCAGCAUGGCAGAGGCCAAGGGCCCGACGGCCAAACUGGCCCGUCUGGAGAAUGGCCCGUCGGUGCCCGGAGCCCCUCCGGCCAAGCUGCCCCGCCUGGAGCAGAACGGGCCCAGCACUCCGAGCGGCCCGCCCGCCAAACUGCCGCGCCUGGAGCAGAACGGCAGCCCCCUGGGACGCGCUCGCCUCGGCAGCAACGGAGCCAAACUCUCCGGGAUCCCGUACAAGCCCAGCAGCCACCUGCUCAAGUCCUGCCACAAGAGAGGUAACAUGCUGCCGGUGUUCUGCGUGGUGGAGCACUUUGAGAACCCGAUGGACUUCGACAGUAAAGAGGAGCAUGCUGAGUUUGUCCUGGUCAGGAAGGACAUGCUGUUCAACCAGCUCAUCGAGAUGGCCCUGCUGUCCCUGGGCUACUCCCACAGCUCCGCCGCACAGGCCAAAGGCAUGAUCCAGGUGGGGAAGUGGAACCCUGUGCCCCUGUCGUAUGUGACCGACGCCCCUGACGCCACAGUGGCCGACAUGCUGCAGGAUGUGUACCACGUGGUCACGCUUAAGAUCCAGCUGCACAGUUGUCCUAAGCUGGAAGACCUGCCGCCCGAGCAGUGGAGCCACUCCACAGUAAGAAACGCCCUCAAGGAGUUACUCAAAGACAUGAAUCAAAGCUCUCUGGCUAAAGAAUGUCCCUUAUCACAGAGCAUGAUUUCCUCCAUCGUGAACAGCACUUACUAUGCAAAUGUGUCGGCCGCCAAGUGUCAGGAAUUUGGGCGCUGGUAUAAACAUUUCAAGAAGACAAAAGAUAUGAUGGGCAUGCGCCAACCCUCCCAGCUGGAGGGCUACCUGGGGACGUGUGUCCUCCGAGAGAGCCCGCGUGCCAAUGCACUAGCAGACAUGGACGGCCUCGCAGACCUGUCUCCUCCAGGCUCCAACCACAACCACCUGAGCUUCUCUCAACAGCAGCAGCCCAUCCCUGGCAGCACAGCGGAGCAGACGCCCUCGUCCCCCGUCCCGCCUCUGUCCCACGCUCCGCCCUCUCACGGAGGUCAGGGGGGAGGACGCCAGCCCCAGAUGCCCGGCCUGCACCACCCGGGGUUGGUGUCCACGCCCAUCAGCCCACAGCUGGUCAACCAACAGCUGGUCAUGGCUCAGAUCCUGAACCAGCAGUACGCCGUCAAUCGCCUGCUGGCCCAGCAGACUCUGUCCCAGCAGUACCUCAACCACCCCCCAGUCAACCGUAACCACACCAAGCCCAUGGAGCCCCAGGUGGCCUCCAACACAGACGUGUCCUCAGAGAUCUACCAGUGGGUCCGGGACGAGCUCAAGAGAGCCGGCAUCUCCCAGGCUGUGUUUGCACGGGUGGCUUUCAACAGGACGCAGGGUCUGCUCUCUGAGAUCCUACGCAAAGAGGAGGACCCCAAGACCGCCUCCCAGUCCCUGCUGGUCAACCUGCGCGCCAUGCAGAACUUCCUCCAGCUCCCUGAGGCCGAGCGAGACCGCAUCUACCAGGAGGAGAGAGAGAGGAGUCUGACCGCCGCGUCGGCCAUGGCGUCUGCCCCGCUCAUCAGCACGCCCCCCAGCAGGCCCGUGCAGCCCUGGAGGGAGGAGAGCGUGCGGCCGGACGACUGGAACCCCCGGAUCCCUGUGGGCAUCUCCCCUGUGAGCACCUCCCCUGUGCACCUUCACCCCCCCAGACGCCCAGUGAAGCCCUCCACUCUGCCCAGCGAGUGGAACGGGAAGACAGAGAACUGCUUGGUCAACAUCAACUCCACCAUCUAUGACGAGAUCCAACAAGAGAUGAAGAGGGCCAAGGUGUCUCAGGCGCUCUUCGCCAAAGUGGCAGCCUCCAAAAGCCAGGGCUGGCUGUGUGAGCUGCUGCGCUGGAAGGAGGACCCCACCCCGGAAAACCGCACCCUGUGGGAGAACAUCUCCACCAUCCGCCGCUUCCUCAACCUGCCCCAGGGCGAGCGCGACGCCAUCUACGAGCAGGAGAGCAGCGCCAUGCAACAGCACCACAGCGAGAGGCCCACACACCUGCUGCACCUGUCACAGGAGCAGAUACAGGCCCAGUCCCAGAGUCAGCACCCUCCACCCCUGUCUCUGCAGCUGCCCUCUCAGGCCGUCCUGCCCCAGCCCAUGCUCCCACAGCCGCCCCUCCAGCCUCAGCAGGGCCCCCGCCUGCCGCCCCGCCAGCCCUCCACCGGCUCCCCCGCAGAGACCCCCGAGGACUCCGAGGGCUCCCGGGCCUCCAAUAAGCCCCGCUCAGCAGGGGCCAAGAUCUCCCUGGAGGCCCUGGGCAUCCUGCAGAGCUUCAUCCAGGACGUGGGCCUGUACCCAGACGAAGAGGCCGUGCACACCCUCUCCGCCCAGCUUGACCUGCCCAAGCUCACCAUCAUCAAGUUCUUCCAAAAUCAGCAGUUCUACGUUAACCAGCCCACCAACCACAAGGGGGCAGCGGCCAGCAAAGAACCCCGCCCCCAUAGCACCAGCAGCAGCGCCGGCUCUAGCCCCGCCCUGGAGGAGGAGCUGACGGACUUCAGGGAGGUCAAAGAGCUGGACGAGAGCACGCAGACCGACAACAGCAACAUGUUCAGCGUCAAGAUGGAGGAGGGCCGGGGAAGCGAGGGCCAGCCGGAGAGCGAGCACAGCAGCGAGUAGAUGGAAGCCUGCAGUUUACUGGAGCAGUAUGGGACGAGUCAGUGUGGGGCAACAUCUGAAAAGAAGACGUUUAUAUUUGUAUCAGCAAAGCACUUACAUUUAAAACAUGUUUCAUACAGAGACAAUGGAGCAACAAGCACUUGAGUGAUGAGAGUUUGACUGUAGCAGACAGACACAAGCCGGACUGAUCCGAGCCGUACCGCUCCAGUGGGACCGCAGCAGGAGCAGACUGACUGAAGCUGGGGCCUCCUGUAGUAUUGUGUAUUAUGCCUGUACAGACUGAAGCUCACUCAACACUGCGACACAUCAUGCUGUGGAUGUCCCUCUUUUACACUGACUCUUCACUUUUUCACAUACUGAUUUCACUGAUUCUACUGAUUUCACUGAUUCUACUGAUUUCACUGAUUCUACUGAUUCCACAGUCCUGCACUUUGUCGGGGCGGCCAUAGGUGUUUGUGAUGUCCAACCAGACUUUUUUAAAACAGAAAAUGAAUUCAAAGGACCAAGUAGUUGACCAGGCCUUAAUCAUGAGGUAGAAAUGUGGAGCCUGCUGGAUUACCAUGGACAGCUCAGUCUUUACAUGUUUGUUAGGAAAGAAAUAUAAAUAUAUAUAAAUACUUAUAAAUAUAGACAUAUAUUGUAACUGUAAAAUACAGUCUUAAAGAAACUAUGCCAACAAAUGCCUUGUACUAUACGGCACUGCCGAGGUUACAUUCUUUUGCAAAACCUUUGUCACUGUAACUUUACAGCAGUUUAUUGGAGACUGGUGGAAACGCGCAUCCAGAAUGAGAAUAAAGAGGUCCACCCCACCCGCACAGAGAGGGGAAUGGGAGCUAGUUCAAUCAAUCAGAAAUGAUCUUUUCUUUGGAUAAACAGUGGGAGUAUAAGGCCAUGUGCAGACACCUGACUGGGACGUCACAGGUGUAGAAGUCCACUGUAAACUUACAGACAGUCACUAUGUUUACAUGCACAUACAAAUCAGAGUGCGCUGAACAACAGAAUUCAAAUCUUUUGAUUUUCAGACAUGCUACGAACAGCAUUACUCAAAAGGUAUUUUCCCUCCGCAGCACAAAUAAAUACAUUGUAGCCCUGGUAGUUUUUACUUUCACAUCAAUGUAGCAGACCAAAACAAAGCAACAUGUGGAGUCUGCAGUGGAGCGUCUGUAAUUUAUCACGGCUGCUGAUCUACAAUCAGUGGGCACAUGUCCAAACUUAUCUAUUUCUUACUUGACGCAGUUGAAUGCCUCUCCUAGUCUGCACUAAAUUGGACUGCUCUGUUACAUUCAGCAGGUAUCCAAGUAUAUUCAGAUGUGUUAUUUGGAUCUGAGAGAUUUGAUUUACACCUCAAUCGUUCCCAUUUUGAUAAACGGAUUUAAAUUGGACUAGGCCCUUUAUCCCGCUCUUUGUCCUGGCGAGCAUGUAAACGUAGUGACUGUUAAACAGGAGAGCUGUGAGGAUGUACAAUCAGAUCUCAGACUAUUACUAUGCAAACCACCACACAAACACCACACAAUAUGUACCCAAUGCAAUGUUACUUCAAGUACAGUACGGCACAGCGCUGGGCAGCCUCAUGUUAUUUUACUCUACUCCACUGUACAUGUACCAUUCUCUUUUACACGUGACCUAAUCUCACUGGAAGAACGCCCUGCUGUCCGAGUUUAAUCUGCAAACUUGAUCAUAUUUGAUUUAAAGUGGAACUAAACACUACAGCUACUUUUUUUUACUACAAAACAGUGUAUAUGGUGUUUUAAUAGUAUUGUUUACUGUCCUUAGUCCUUUUUGGCAAUUUUAGAGCAAAUGAGGUGAAUUUGCAGUUUUGAGUCUCUGCUGUCUUCAGUGGCCAUUGUAAUUUCAAAUACUGCCCCAGUGUUUGUGAUCAGAAACACCAGGUGAAGGGGCAGAGUUUGAAAUGUUGAUACUUGUUAGAGUAAUCACACUGCUCCGUACACCUCCAGACCUCUGCCUCUCCUCCCCAUUUUUUAUUUUUUUUUAAACACCUAAACUC